AUGACAGGAGAAAAUAAUGAAAAGAAGGUAGUUAUAAUGAAUGAAGAAGAAAUUGAAAAGCUAGUCAAUGAAGUCAAAGUUAAUGAAAAACAUGAACCUAUUCUGAGAAAUGAAAGAAAAGAUAGAAAUGAUAUGAGAGAUUUAAUUAAAGAUAUUUGGUUUAUGUAUAAAAAAGCAGAAGCAUCGUUUUGGGUUACUGAAGAGAUUGACUUAAGUCAAGAUACUAGAGAUUGGGAAAGUCUUAAAGACCCUGAGAGACAUUUUAUUAAAUACGUCCUAGCUUUCUUUGCUGCUAGUGAUGGUAUUGUUAUGGAAAACUUGGCUGUCAAUUUCCUAAGAGAAAUACAUAUCCCAGAAGCAAGAAUGUAUUAUGCAUUUCAAAUGGCUAUUGAGCAAAUUCAUAAUGAAACAUAUUCCUUGUUAAUUGACAGAUAUAUUACUGAAAUAAAAGAACGUCAAAUGCUUUUUGAGGCUAUUUCUCAUAUUUCUGCAGUUAAAAAGAAAGCAGAAUGGGCAACUAAAUGGAUGAAUAAUGAAAGAUCUUUUGCUGAGAGAAUUAUUGGAUUCUGUGCUGUAGAAGGAAUUCUUUUUUCUGGUAGCUUUUGUGCUAUAUUUUGGCUUAAAAAGCGUGGACUUAUGCCUGGACUUACAUUCUCUAAUGAACUUAUUAGCCGUGAUGAAGGAUUACAUGCUGACUUUGCUUGCUUAAUAUACAAAGCUCUUAAAUAUAAACUACCAACUUCUAGAGUACAACAAAUUAUCUCAGAAGCUGUUGAUGUAGAAAGAAACUUUCUUUGUGACUCACUUCCUGUUGAUCUUAUUGGAAUGAACUCUAGACUUAUGGCUCAAUAUAUUGAAUUUGUAGCUGAUAGACUCCUUUUUGCUCUGGAUAUCCCCAAAAUUUACAAUGUUUCUAAUCCCUUCGAUUGGAUGGAUCUUAUUUCACUCCAAGGUAAAACCAAUUUCUUUGAAAAGAGAGUCGGAGAAUAUCAAAUGGCUGGAGUUAUGGUUAAUCAAGAUGACCAAAAGUUUGACUUAGAUGCAGAAUUCUAA